CUCUCUCUCUCUCUCGGCGAUCUGCUCCUCCUCCGGUGCUCGCGGGCUCGGCAAGCAGGCAGGCGCGCGCGCUCUUUGCCACCGCAGCGUCUCUCGCGCGCAACACUUAUCUGGUCGCUCGUGCUCACUCUCCGCGCCCGGAGGAGCGCGUGAUAUCAGGGUAAAGUGAAGAAGAGAAAAUGACCACGGAGAAAGGUCCUGAGUCGGAGGUGAAGAAGGCAGCAGAGGAACCGUCUCAACAGAAAGCGUCCGCAGGCAGAAUGUCCGAGUCUUCUUCGGACGGCAAAAUGGCCAAACAGGACCAAGAUGGCAAACGUCCAGACGAUCAGAAAGAUCCGGACGAUGAAUCCGAACGAACGACACCGGGCAAAAGCCCCAAAUCGCCACAGAAGUCGUCCAAGCGUGUGAAGACUUUCCCCUUCAAAGUGACUCUCCUGGACAGCUCUGAUUACGAAGCUGGUAUUGAGAAGCACUGCAAGGGUCAGGCACUGCUGGACAUGGUGUGUGAACAUCUCAACCUGCUGGAGAAGGAUUACUUCGGCUUGACCUUCAGCGAUUCGGACAGCCAGAAGAAUUGGCUGGACCCUUCCAAGGAGAUCAAGAAGCAAAUGAGAACUUCUCCUUGGCAUUUUGCCUUCGCUGUUAAAUUUUAUCCUCCAGAUCCUUCGCAGCUCACGGAGGACAUCACCAGGUACUACUUGUGCCUACAGCUGCGUGAUGACAUCCUGUCCGGUCGGCUUCCCUGCUCGUUCGUCACUCAUGCUCUGCUGGGUUCCUACACUGUGCAGGCUGAGCUCGGAGACUACGACCAGGACGAGCACGGUUCAGACUAUGUCGGAGAUUUCCGCUUCGCCCCUAACCAGACCCGAGAGCUGGAGGAAAGAAUCACGGAGCUGCAUCGCACCUACAGGGGCAUGACGCCUGCUGAGGCAGAAAUGAACUUCCUGGAGAAUGCCAAGAAGCUGUCCAUGUAUGGGGUCGACUUACAUCAUGCAAAGGAUUCAGAAGGGAUUGAAAUCAUGCUGGGCGUUUGCGCCAACGGCCUGCUGAUCUACCGCGACCGCCUGAGGAUUAACCGCUUCGCCUGGCCCAAGAUCCUGAAAAUCUCGUAUAAAAGGAGCAACUUCUACAUCAAGAUUCGCCCAGGAGAGUAUGAGCAGUUCGAGAGCACCAUUGGCUUCAAGCUGAAUAACCACAGAGCUGCAAAACGACUCUGGAAGGUCUGCAUUGAGCAUCAUACCUUCUUCAGGUUAGUGUCUCCAGAACCUCCUCCUAAAGGGUUCCUCGUUAUGGGCUCUAAGUUCCGGUACAGCGGACGAACACAGGCCCAGACGAGGCAGGCGAGCUCCCUGAUCGAUCGCCCUGCCCCUCAUUUCGAGCGCUCCACCAGUAAGAGGCAUCUCCUCUCCCGCAGUCUGGAUGGAGAGUUCUCCAGGCCGCUGUCCACAAUGUUGGAACGUCAGGACGCCAUAUCCCAGAGGAGCGAGACGCAAUGUUUCUCAGGAGACGAGGACGGAGAACCUGACCUGAGUCUCGACCAGGACCAAGAAGAUUCUAGUGUCACCACCCCAACCAAGAAGAAAGAGAUAAAGGAGACUCAUGAUGCUAAACAGGAGUUGGACAUGGAGUCAACUCCUCGACACAAACAGGAGUUUCUGGAUAAAUCAGAAGACAUGCUGCUGAAGCACCAGGCGAGCAUCAACGAGCUGAAGCGAGCCUUGAGGGAACCCAACAGCAAGCUGAUGAAUCGGGAAAAGCGUCUCUCAGCGACCUCACCGGGUGACACGCCCGAGAAGAAGGCUGAGGCAAUUGGAGCAGGUGGAAGGGAACCUAUUAACAGCCUUUCAAUGGAGGACUUCAUCCAGAAGACAUUGGUGAUUUCGCCCGAGGGUUCUGAGGAGUGGGUGUUAAUUGAAAAACAGAACACUUACCAACUUGACUAUGAAAUAGAAGAGAAAGAUAAGAGCAAAGCCAAUGUUUCUUCCCUGCCUUUGGUCGCUGAAGUACCUUUAGAACGAAGGAUGAUACAUAUUGAAGUAACUGGUGAAGAUGGUAAAGAAAUGCAGGUUCAGAUGGACACUUUUCCAUCUCCGAAGAUACCAGCAAAGGAUGAAUCAAAGCAUGGUAUCGACCUGAGCGAAGAAAUAGUACCAGAGGUGUUGAUUGAACCAAAGACCACAGAAACCCAGGUGGACAUAUUACAAGAAUCAAAAGAGGAAUACACUUCAGACAAACCACAUAAAGAAACGAGACCACAGAGUCUGAAUUUGGGAAGACCAGAGUUUGUGUAUGAAACUAAAACCGAGACAUCAAACAUACAGCAAGAGGAAUCUGAUGAAGACAAUAAUACAUCCGGAAAAGAGGUGACGCCAACCAGGAAACCAGGAACUGAAAGCUGGUCCGAACCCCUGCCUGAGAAGAUAAAUGAACAAAUGAAAGAAAGGCCACUAAAUGAAGAGAAGGAGAAGGAGCUCAACAAAGCCAUGGAAGAAGAUCAAGAGGUACCUGAUCUGGACAAGACAGGGUUCGAUGAUGCCAAACAACAAGUAAGCGAUCAACUAAAGGACGUGUUGGUUGAGGCAAAGAGCAUUAAUGUUGAUGAUCAUCAAGAUGCCUCUGACUCAAUCAAUGGUCCCAUAAAAGAUGAGGUUAAAAGAAGAUCUGAGAUCAAGUUUGAGGUUACCAAAAUCAUCAUGAUUGACAACAGUGAAAACGAAGAAGAGCCGGAGAACGAAAACAACCAGAGAAUGGAUGAAUUUGUGCCUGAAAAAAAGAUCAGCAAUAUUGAACAGGAGAGUCUUGAAGAGGUCCUGGCAGAAAAGGUGCAGAGAAGGACAAAGGUUGCAGGGCAUGUUCGUACCGAAAUAACAAGGAUAGUCCCAUUAAAACCAGAGAGGGCAAAGAGUCAAGAGUACAGAGAUGACAUAGAUAUAGGUGAAGAAUCGAGACAGAUGAAAAGACAUUUUAAAAGACAUAGCAUGUAUGAAUCUCUAGAAAGACAGUUUGACCCGAGCAGGUUUGAUUCCAGAGACACAAGCUCUUCGUAUACUCUAUUUACUUCCAACAAAACCACCAGAUCUCAAGAGGCACCACCUUUAUCCAUGGUGGAAGUAGAACAUAACAUCUUACAAACCAAUGAGCAGCAAUCAACCACAUAUACCGAGUGUCUGCUCACAGGAAACACUAUCCAGGAUGAACAGAUGAUCAAAUAUACCCCUAAAUCAGGGUAUGAAGGUCUUCCCCAGUCUGAUGAAAUGGCCAUGGAUGUUCAAAUGUUCUCCCCCAAGAACCAAGCACUGCAAAAAAGUGGUCCUCCAACUCCUCCGGUCAAAACCAAGAAGGUCAGAGAGUCAGGACUGAUCCUAAGAAACAGCCGUAAUACCAGCAAAGAACCUGCAACGGAAGCUUUGAAGAAACAGCACGGGGAACCUCUUUCCACUCCUGCCAUUUAUGAGGAGACAAUAGAUGAAGUUAAGCGACGACCACUGUCCUCCAGCGAAUACGAGUACGAUCGCAACACAGCAGUGACUCUGAGGGAAGCCCACCUGGGCAUUGAACGGAAGUGCUCCAGCAUGACGGUCAGUUCUACUUCCAGCCUGGAGGCUGAGGCUGACUUCAGUGCGUUCAUGGAGCUUCAGGGAGGAAUGGAGGAGUCUUCCAGGGGCAUGGCUGAGCUCGGUGUUUCAGAGGAUUUCAGCAUCACCCGUAUCACAGGAUCUCAUGAUGGGCUGCUCACAAAGGAGAAAGUACAUGAAGAACGCGUCCACUAUGAAGUGGAACCUCCGCCUGUGGCCAAGAAAGAUCCGACCGCAGUGAGCAUGGCGCAUAUGUUGAGAAAAGGAGACUCCAGAGUGGAACCUCAAUCCAACGGUUCUGGGGUUCCUCACAUUACAGACAUCCCAGAUCAGCAGCCUGUGCAGGAGGUGGGUGGCAGUGAUGUUAACUGUGAGGAGACCGUAGUCUCCGACAAUGAUGUCAUCCAGCCGCAGGAGGGAGAUCCGAUGCAGAAAGAGAUCAGGCUAAAGGAAGCGAAAGAGAACGGCUCUCCCCUUAAGACAGCCAGCAUCGGGAAGGAAUUUAUUGUGUCUCCUAUCAGCAACGAAAACGUCACUUCCACAACUACGACGCAGGUCACAAAGACGGUUAAAGGAGGAUACUCGGAGACAAGAAUCGAGAAAAGGAUCAUCAUCACAGGAGACGACGCUGUGGACCAACAUCAGGCUCUCGCGAUGGCAAUACAAGAGGCCAAACAUCAGCAUCCCGACAUGCUCGUGACCAAGGCUGUAGUGGUCAGAAAAACAAACGCUUCCUCUAAAGAGAAACACAGGACAUCCGAGACUCGCUAGUGCAAAAGUUUGUGCCCCCUUUGCUGCAAUUUUCCCGUCAUCACAGACAGACUCAUCAGACUGAAGAAAGGAGCCUCACCUUCAACCCCAUCUUCUACAGCCAGCUACAAGAAGCUAACCGUUGCUACUUAGACGAUCCCCACAAACCCGAACACACCCAGUCUGUGGCUCCUUCUCCCUCAGACUCUGAUGUCAUAACCCCUUCAAUGCAGUGCACUUCCUCCGAAUUGACCACUGCGCACAGUGCUUCUCUUUCACCCCUCUCUUCAUUAUUUUACCAAUGAACUGUAUAAAUGUUGAUAGCAAUCUCCAGUUUAGCCUCUUAAACUGUGAAUAGCAGAAACUUCCGAAAACUCUGGGGUAAAAAAAAGACAAAAACAAAAACGGAUAGUAACCCAGCGUCCGUCUCGUGUGUGGCGUCGGCGUCGUCUGUUACAUCCGGAGUAUACAUCUCGCUCUAAAAUACCCAUAAUCCUUCAUGUUUACUGUGGAAUAUUUCUUUUUUUGGUGGAGAUACUUUCGGUUCCUCUUUCACGCAUGACUUUAGAGGAGAUUCGAGCUCAGACAUGGCCUGGAGUCACGCUUCUGCUUUUUCUGCUUGCGUCACUUAUACGAUGUUCACCUGCUGUCUUUUUUUAAUUUAUAUAUAUAUAUAUAUAUAUAUAUAUAUAUAUAUAUAUAUAUAUAUAAAAUAGAUUAUUAAAAAGUGUUUGCUUGUUAAUUACAACUGGGCGUAUUUAUCGAUUAUAAACAUACAUAUGCAUGAUUAGCUGGUGUGGAUGGGUAAAGAGUCCAAUGUCCAACUAGCAGCAUUUUCAGAUAAAUAAUAUUAAUCACGGACAUUACGUCUGUCAUGUCCACUCAGAUGCCAUGUCGAUUAAUUCUAUAUUUGCACCAUGCAUUGAAAAAAAAAAAAAAACAUUUUUCAUUUUCAUUGCAUCCGUUUCUGGAGUGUGAGUUCUUGAGCCCCAGCGUGUCCUACUGUAUCCUUACUGAAUAAUAUUAAUAAUAAUCAGAACAAUUCUAAUGAUAAUAAUUAUCACAAUAAGAGCUAUAUAAACCAUAUAUAGAAAGAAUUUAGGGGGGGGGAGAUUUUAAUAUAAAUGUUGUAUCUAAAAAAUGUUUGAUGUGAUGUUUUAUUUUUAUUUGAUAAAAUGUAUGAAUGAGAUUUAUAUAUAUAUAUAUAUAUAUAUAUAUAUAUAUAUAUAUAUAUAUAUAUAUAUAUGUGUGUGUGUAUAUAUAUAAAUAUAAAAAAAAUAUUUAAAUGAAUUGUGAAUGUGAGCUUGUGGGUUUUCUCACUGUAGCACUGACUUCUUCAUAGUGCAGACGCAUACAGACACAAAGCCUGGCUUCAGAAAGGAGGAACAGAACAACUUAAAAUUGACUUUAUUUUACUAGGAAUUUGGAAAGACGCGUGAUAAGAUUUCUUCACGUGCGUAACCCAUUAAAAGUUUGCUGACACCUUGCUUUCCUUUCUUUUUUUGUUUUGUUUUAGAGUUUAUUUCAAAAUGCUCAAUUUUUGCUAAACAUGCCUCAAAGCUGAAGAAGAGAUAUUUCAGGAUAAAGGAGGAUGCGUUAAACCGUCUCCCUCUCACACUACUUGAUCUUGACUACGAUGAUCUGAAUCUGUGAGGAAUCGAACGUUACUUGAUUUUAAUCUUACAGCUGCUUGAGCUUGGAGCUAUGCUGUGAUAUAUCGAACAACUAUCUUAAAUAUAGGCGAAUAUAUCCGGUGUUUCUGAUUAUAAGAUCAUUUUUGUAAUAUAAAAGUGUUUAUUUGUAAUUAGAAUAGAAUGGAAUAGAAUAUAAGUGAAAAUCUAUCAUAUCCCAACUGUGGAGGUUGGGGUCAGAGCAGAGGGUCAGCCAUGAUACAGCGCCUCUACAGCAGUGAGGGUUGAGGGCCUUGUUCAAGCUUUGCAGUGCUGGAGCUUGAACCCUGAUCCUCUGAUCACCAAUUCAGAGCCUUGACUGCUUGAGCCACCUCUGCCCCCAAUUAGGCAAUAGAGUAACAAAAUAUAAAGCUUGAAAUAAGUAGAAAUUUCUAGAAACAUGUUUGGAGGCUUCAUGUUUAUGCUUCGGUUUGGGGUUCGAUUCCCGUCUCCGCGUGGAGUUCCUUGUGCUUUAGGAGUCUCUAUGUAUCCUGGUUUCUGCCCUCAAUCCAAUCACACAGUGAUUAGCAUCUCUAAACUGUCUGUACUGUAAAUGUGUGUGAGAUGGUUUGGUUCUCUGAGAUGGUUUGGCCUCCAUCUUGUGCCCUGAGAUCUCAAGGAAUACAGUAGAUUCCAGGUUCCCUGCAGAUCUCUGUAGGAUAAGUGCGACAGCUCUGAAAAUGGAUCUUAGGUUUUAGUUUAAUCGAAUAAAAUGAACUAAUUAACCUGUCUGACUACAGAUUAUCCAAGAUGUUUUAAUUUGAUGUCAUGUUUUUUUGCAGUGUAGUCCAGUUUCCCCAUAAAGUAUUAUUUUUAUUAUUAUUAUGGCCCAGAUUCCAAUCACCAUUGAAGAAAAUGUGGCCCAUGAACCACUUAUAUGAUAUUAAUACACAUUAAAUAUGCGCAAAUAGAAAGUUGAAUAUUUAAGCAGUAAAUAAAUAAAUACUCUCUAAAAUGCAUAUGGGAGACACCAUAUUUUUUUCCUUUAAUAUGUCCUCCAUCACACACGUAUAUGAAAAAAAAUGGAAAUGACACCUUUAAGUUUUUAUUUUUAAUUUAUUAAGAGAUUUAUUAAAUUUAUUUAUUUUAAUUAAGAAAUGUAUUAAACCGUAUUUUCUCAACAUUUAAACAAACGUCCCAAGUGCAUGUUAAAUGUUAAUGUUAAAAUUCUCUUUAAAUUUAUUACUGGUUAGAUUUUGUUCAAUUCGCUAAAACCCCAGACGUACAUUUACUUUCACAUCAAGAAAUCUGUUUCCUAUUUAUUUUAUUACACACUAUGAAGUUAAAAGUGCAUGUCCUGUCUCUUUAAUAUCUUUAAUAAGCUAUAACAGUAUCAGUGAUCCCUCAAGGACCUAAAAAGCAUUUUUUAAAGCUACUAUAAAGAUUUUCAUGUUAUCAGUAUGUAUAAAGGCAUAAAGGAUCACGUUGUCACGGUAAACAAGAAAACGUACUUAUUAGUAUUUCUGACAGUGUCAUAUUUUACAUGAAAUUAUUAUAAGAGCAAAUAUGAAAAAAAUCAAUAUAGUUAGUGAUUGAUUUCUUUUCUGAUGAAAAAAUAGAACCGUAUCUUUUCCUUUUAAAUAAUUUUUUAUUUAUUUAUUUAUUUAUUUUUUAUAAUUUAAUAUUAUUUUGAUAUGCUUGGUGUCCCCAAACUUUUGACCUAAAGUGCACAGUCCCUCCAAAAUGAUCCUGUCCUGUAGUUAUAAUGCAACUAUAGAUUUAAAACAAAAAAUCACGCAAAAACCCACAACUCUGUGUAAAAACUCUACUCAAAACUCUACUCUUCUAUUUAAAGCUUUACGUGUUCGCCUCCGUCUUCAGCCACGGCUUUCUGUUUCUCUUACAGUUUUCUCGGGGAUGAGAGACGUCUCACAUCUGCUGUUUGAGUUGUGUUUAUUAUUUUUUAUUUUUUUAUUUUAUUGCCGAUUUUUUUCAGCCUGUCAUCACUGGAUUUCCUGAAUAAUGUCUAAAGACUGUCUGAAAUGUCACCAGGCUUCCACAGAGUUGUGUUCAAUACACUUUUAUUUUGAUUUUGUAUUAUUAUUAUUAUGAUGAUGAUGAUGAUUAUGUUAGCUAUUUGCUUGUGUGUUUUUGUUGAAGGGAGUGAUGGUUUGGUUGCAUUUAAAAAGAAAAAAUAAGCAAAACAUGUAUGGUUUCUGCCAAUUUACUCAACAGUAAAAUUCAAAGCUGCA